UCUUCAUCUUCUUCUUCCCUUGCAACGAAACCUAAACCUCAUAAUCCAUGCUCUUCUUCCUCUACAGUUCUGUCUGAAUUUCCACACAAGUCAACGCUCCUGUCGUAAUACCAUUCAAAGAAAGGACCAUUCAACAAAAGGAUCUAGAUUAUCAAGAAUCACAAGUCUGUAAUCACAUCAUCAAUGAAGACUAUCUCCGUGUUGGUCUUCUUCUUCCUAAUCUUUCUCAUGGCAGAAGCCCAGAGCAAGAACCGGACAGGUUGUGCUGAAACAUUCUCAUGUGGAAGCCUCGACUUCAACUUCCCUUUCUACAACACAUCCAUGCCGUCUCGAUGCGGUCUGUUCAAGCUGAAGUGCACUAAUCACCAGAUUUCAAAGAUACAGCUUGAGGAAAAUGGGGAAUGGUACAACGUGACAAGCGUCUCUCAAGCCAACACCAUAACCAUCACUGACCCAAAGCUUAACCAAAGUUUGGAAUCAGGAACCUGCAGUGACUUGUCAAGAUUCUCUCUUCCAGAUUCUCCAUGGCUCAACAUGACCACUUUGUACAAAUGUAACAACAGUAGGGAGAAUGGUUUCACUUUUUCGAAUUGCAAAGGAGGAGGAAGCAGCUUGUAUUACUCCGAUUUUCAAGAUAAUUCAGGGUGUUCAGCCAUCAAGACACCAGAGAGCUGGGUGAAUCCAAGUCACAUGAACCAGUCUAUUCUUAAUGCUACUUUCUCUCUUCAUAUAGACCUGCCUCCAGGCUGCUAUGGCUGCCAUAGACGAGGAGGAGAAUGUACGAUGGUCAAAGGAGAGUUUAGAUGCCACGGGAUAGAGGAAGAGAGAGGGGGAGAGCGAGGGGGAGGGGGAAGACCCAAAGAACGAAAGGACUACCAAGAUGAGAAGUUAAAGCUAGGAUUAGGAAUCGGAGGAUCUCUCAUAUUGUUAAUCAGCUUGGUGGCACUCUUUAUCAUCAUCAAAAGGAUUUACAAAAGGAGAACCAGUUCAGACCUCAUCUCAAGAUAUAACUCGAGCUCUGACGUUGAGUUUAGCCAUGUCUUCUUUAAGAUACCAAUCUUCUCCUAUAAAGAACUUCAAGAAGCAACAGACAACUUCAGUAAAGACAGGUUACUAGGAGAUGGAGGCUUUGGCACUGUCUACUAUGGAAAAGUGCGUGAUGGACGAGAAGUCGCAGUGAAGCGUCUCUAUGAGCACAACUACAGAAGACUCGAGCAGUUCAUGAACGAGAUAGAAAUCCUCACACGUCUCCAUCACAAGAAUCUAGUCUCUCUCUACGGAUGCACUUCACGCCGCAGCAGAGAACUUCUCCUUGUCUAUGAGUUUGUUCCAAACGGCACAGUUGCAGAUCAUCUCUUCGGUGAAACUGAAAACCCAACACACCAAGGCUUUCUAACAUGGCCAAUGCGCCUGAGCAUCGCCAUAGAAACAGCGAGUGCUUUGGCUUACCUUCACGCUUCUGAUAUCAUUCACCGCGAUGUCAAGACUACAAACAUUCUGCUCGACCGAAACUACCUCGUCAAAGUUGCGGAUUUCGGACUGUCCAGGUUGUUCCCAACUGAUGCAACUCAUGUUUCAACUGCUCCUCAGGGCACUGCGGGAUACGUGGAUCCUGAGUAUCAUCACUGUUAUCAUCUAACCGACAAGAGCGAUGUCUACAGCUUCGGAGUGGUUCUAGUCGAGCUGAUAUCGUCGAAGCCUGCUGUUGAUAUAAACAGGUCCAAGAGUGAGAUCAACCUAUCAAGCUUAGCUAUAAACAAGAUACAGAACAACGCGACCCACGAGCUGAUUGAUCAGAGUCUUGGAUACGGAACCAAUGAAGGAGUUAGGAAAAUGACUACAAUGGUGGCAGGUUUGGCUUUUCAGUGCUUGCAGCAAGAUGGUACAAUGAGACCAACAAUGGAAGAGGUUGUGAAAGAGCUAAAGGAAAUCCAGAACCAGGAACAAAAAUGUCCGUACUACAACUACAGAGAAGAGACAACAACUCCGCAUCCUUCGCCACCGGAUUGGGGAGAGGCUUCACUCAUACAUAAAAAAUUCCCACGGUCACCGAUCUCUGUGACUGAACAGUGGACCAGUAAAUCAACCACACCGAACACCAGUGCCUACAGCUGCUAAGGUACAAUCAGGUUUUGGUUUCGUCUCAUUUGUGUCAGUGGAAAGGUAUAAGAUGAAACAAAGACUUGUGAAGUUACAGGUAUUGAGAAAAUAUACAUAGUGACAUGACUUGAACUACUAAUCACCAAUUUUCUAUGUCUAAUUUUGUUUAUCAUACUAAACAACAUAUGUAACUGUAUCAGUAUGUAAUAUCGAUAUAAAUCUCUAAAAAAAAGAACAAAAAAAUUGACUGAAAAAGGGUUUGCUUGACAAUGAUUA